GGUUUUCCCACAAAUUCCAAAACCAAACGGAUCUUAUCACAUAUUUGCAGAAUCACCCCUUCUCGUUGUCAUUUCGUCAAACACAUUCAAAGCAGGAGAAAGAAGGAAAAUACUGAAGCUUUUUUUUUUUUUUUGGUUAAGGAAGAGAAAUGGCGGAUCAGUUGACAGACGAUCAGAUCUCGGAGUUCAAGGAAGCUUUCAGCCUAUUUGAUAAAGAUGGCGAUGGAUGCAUCACAACCAAGGAGCUCGGUACUGUAAUGAGAUCACUCGGCCAGAACCCUACCGAAGCAGAGCUCCAAGACAUGAUAAACGAGGUCGAUGCGGAUGGAAACGGAACAAUCGAUUUCCCUGAGUUUUUGAAUCUGAUGGCCCGUAAAAUGAAGGACACGGAUUCCGAGGAGGAACUGAAAGAAGCGUUUAGGGUUUUCGACAAGGAUCAAAAUGGGUUCAUCUCUGCUGCAGAGCUCCGCCACGUCAUGACGAAUCUCGGAGAGAAGCUGACCGACGAGGAAGUUGAUGAGAUGAUCCGAGAGGCUGACGUGGACGGUGACGGACAGAUUAAUUACGAGGAGUUUGUUAAGGUUAUGAUGGCUAAGUGAUGUUCAUUUAAUCCCCACUUUCAGUAGGAAUCUUUGUUAUGUCUGUGUGUGAAAAUGGAAGCUAAAGAAGUAGCAAUUAAGAAGAAGAAGAUUCUGUGUUUGCAUGGUUUCAGAACCAGUGGAAGCUUCCUCUGCAAGCAAAUCAGCAAAUGGGAUCCUUCUAUUUUUGCUCAUUUUGAUAUGGAUUUUCCGGACGGAAUAUUCCCGGCCGGAGGGAAAUCCGACAUCGAAGGAAUAUUCCCACCACCUUACUUUGAAUGGUUUCAGUUUGAUAAGGAAUUCACAGAGUAUACAAACUUGGAUGAAUGCAUUGAUUACUUGUGUGAUUAUAUUACUAGCAAAGGUCCAUUUCAUGGCUUGCUUGGCUUCUCCCAGGGAGCUACUUUAUCGGCCCUUUUACUCGGAUAUCAAGCACAGGGGAAGAUAUUGAAGGAGCAUCCACCGAUGGAACUAUUUGUAUCGAUAUCGGGUUCGAAGUUUAGGCAGCCAAGUAUAUGUGAGGUUGCUUACAAAGAUCCGAUAAAUGUAAAAUCUGUUCAUUUCAUUGGAGAAAAAGAUUGGCUCAAACUGCCUUCUGAGGAGUUAGCCUCUGCGUUUGUCGACCCUCUCAUCAUUAGGCACCCUCAAGGCCACACUGUCCCAAGGCUUGAUGAAGAUGCUGUGAAGAAACUCGGCAACUGGACUAUGGAAUGUGAUCUCUUACACGAAAAAACGAAGAAGGAAGAAGAUCCUAAGACAGAAGAGAAAUCUGAAAAUGGAACUGCUAUGGAGAAAAUGGAAGUAGAAGAAGUGCAUGCUUGAAAUAAAAAAAAUUGUAAUGGCAUAAGGGGGAAUAUUGUCAUCAAUUUGGGAUUUUGUUUGGAUUUAUUAAUUAUCCACUUUUACUAUUUGAAUAAAUGAUCACUUGUCUUGAUCA